GGAGCAAAUGUGUGCAGGAGAGCAGUCGAGCAGAGAGAGCUGCUUUUUCAUGAAACGGGAGUAAAGUAGUGAACUUAGAGGAGAGAAACAAACUAAAGUAUCGAUCAUAAACCACUACCAACGUCCUGAUCGAUAUCUGCAUCGAUCUGCCCAUCCUUGUCUCCUGGAUCGUAGCUGAGAUCAGCGUGAACCACGUGGGUCUCUGCUCCCUGAUCUGUUUCCUGUGUUUGGAAAGAGUUGCAGCUUCAUCGCGGAGUUUCUCUCGGUUUGUGGGCUCAUCUAAAGCUGAUCAUCAGGAGGAGACGAGCCAUUUAGACUCAGCUCAGCCACUACAGAGGAAACAAUGACUUCAACCCAAAAGGACCAACAUGGAGCGAGAAGUCAGCGCUCUCAGGAGGCCGACAAACCUCACAGAAGAAAGGGAGAGAAAACACACACCUGUGAUGAUUGUGGGAAGGAUUUUACUCGGGCUGGAAACUUAAAAAAACACAAAGUCAUCCACAGUGGAGUUAAACCUUACAGCUGUGAGUUGUGUGGAAAAUCUUUUACCCAGGCUGUACACUUAAAAAGACACCAACUCAUCCACAGUGGAGUUAAACAGUACAACUGUGACUUGUGUGGAGAUUUUUUUACCCAUCCUGGAAGCUUGAAAAGACACCAACUCAUCCACAGUGUAGUUAAACCGUACACCUGUGACUUGUGUGGAAAUGCUUUUACCCAGGCUCAAAGCUUAAAAACACACCAACUUAUCCACAGUGGAGUUAAAGCAUACACCUGUGACUUGUGUGGGAAAUCUUUUACCCAGGCUCGACACUUAAAAGCACACCAACUCAUCCACAGUGGAGUGAAAGCACACAGCUGCGAUCAGUGUGGCAGAGCUUUUACUCACAGUAGCCACUUACAGAAUCAUCUAGUUACCCACUCUGGAAUUAAUAAGUACAGAUGUGACAUUUGUGGAAAAACUUUCAGUCGCAAUGGGGACCUAAAUAGACACAUCCGCAUUCACACUGGACAGGAUGUUUACUGCUGUGAUCAGUGUUGGAAACCGUUUACAACAGAUGCACAGUUACAAAGCCACAUGCUUACCCACACUGAGGAGAGACCUUAUAAAUGUGACAUGUGUGAGAAGACUUUUAAAUCUCCACGUUACCUGAAAAUACACCAACAGAUCCACACCAGAAAGAAACUCUACAAGUGCAGUUACUGUGAGAAGCAGAGUGACACAGAUGGAUCCAGUUUUCAACCCUAUUGUCAGUGUGGUGGUGGGAAAGCGUUUCGUUGUGACCUUUGUGGAAAAACUUUCAACCAGCAACGAAGCCUAAAAAAGCAUCAGCUUAGACACACACAAGACAAAAUUAUCUACUGUAAAGAAUGUGGAAGAGGCUUCCCCACUCAAUCUGAUUUUAAACAACAUGAACUGUUCCACGGUGGGGUUUAAAAGCACGCCUGUAACCAGUGCUUACCAGCUUAAAAGACAUAAACGAGUCCACACAGGAGAGAAACCAUACAAGUGUAGACACUGUAACAAAAGGUUCUCACAAUCGAGCAGUCGUAACCUUCAUGAACGUACACAUGUUGAAGGGAACUUCAGCUGUGACCAGUGUGACAAGAGCUUCAAGAAUCUCAGUUCAUACUCCAAACACAAACGAUCCCAUUCUCAUUAUACAUUAUCUGCUCUGUGCAAACAGAGUAAGCGUGAUCAUUAAAUCAUUCCUAUUACUGAAUCACAAUGACUCUGCAGAGACAGAAAGAUCCUCUUCUGGGGCCCGUUCUU